GACAUUUGGUGGUAUUGUUCAACGAUGACUUGCUUCCCUUUCUGAAUCGAAACCCAUCCCUCUUCUCCGUAGCUCGUCUCCGUCUCCUUCUCUGUUACCGCCUCACCGGUAUGCCUGUAAUUUUCCUCAAAUUAUUCACAUUAGUGAUUUAUUCUUAAUCUUUGCUUUGCUUUUGUGAAGAGGAAAAAUCUAUAUCAAAACCAUGUUCAUUGGAUGUACUAAUUGAUACAAAUGUGAAAUCCAAAUUUAAUUGUUUAUGUUUGAUAAAUUUCAACUUCUUUUUCCAGUUACUAAUUAGUUUCUGCAGCACUUAAAUUGGCGAGGAACAGAUCAUGGAAUCCCAGAGCUGAUUCUAUCCUUCAUUUGUUAUUCUGAAUCGGGUAACUAAUUAGUCUUCAAUUCAAGGUGUUCUUUCUUAUGCUUGUUUUUCAAAUUUUUUUUUUGUGGUUGCUUUUGGGGCUGGGUUAAUGAGUUGAACUCAAGUCUAAGGUCCAAACAAUAGUCAAAUCCAUUUGCCUGAUUGGGAGGAAGGUUGGGAAAUGCUGGGGGAGUUUUUCGAGGUUGAAAACCUUGUUUGGCAGAAGGGUUCACCUUAAUGGAAGUGCUGGGGUCGUUUUUGUUAGUUUCUCACUCUUGUAAGGAACCCUCGCGAAUCUUCCAAUUUGGGUGAGUGGUUUGUCAAAUUGGGUUUGGCGCGAAACCUUAUCAAGCACCCAUGUUAUGUUUGCAAACAAGGGUUGGAACCUUACUCUUCCCAAGUCUCGAAACCACUUCCAUGAAAAAUCAAAAUUUUGAUGCAACUGCUUAGUUCUUACUCAGGUUAGUGCGCUAUUUUGCAUAAUUAGGUUUCAACUUUCCAAUUAGGUUAAGCUUUCUGCUUUUGGGUAGAUAAUGGUGUUUGUAUGGCAUUGGAGAUAAGGUCCUAAGCUGAUAUCGUCCGAAUUAAAGUUGGACACAUCACAUGUUGACUGAUUAGAGGUUAUCUUUUUAAUCAGCUUAAGCUUCUUUUGUUGCUCGGUGUACACAAUGCUCAUUAUUCUUUUUUGAAAUUUAUCAUAAAUGCUAGAGUGCUUGGAUUGUUCAAAUGGAGGAUCAGAUGGAAAUGAAAGAGGGGAGCAAGAGAACUGCCCCGAUGGAGGAUGGAAUGGACACAAGCCAAGAAAGCAAGAGGACUGCUUCUGCUCCUUUACAGUGGAGCCAAUGGCAGUUGCUUGAUUCCAUUCUUCCAACUGGUGGAUUCGCUCAUUCUUUUGGCCUGGAGGCAGCAAUUCAGUCCCGCAUAAUAUCUGAUCCUGAAGAUCUUAGAACUUAUUUGGUACAUGUGUUGGAAAAUACUGGGAGCUUACUCCUUCCAUUUGUGCAUUCUGCUAUGGUGUGCCCUAAUUUGGAAACCUGGAAGAAUCUCGACAGGAGGCUUGAUGCAACUCUAACUAAUGAAGUGAGUCGAAAGGCAUCAAUUGCUCAGGGAUCAGCACUCAUGAGAGUGGCUGCAGCCGUGUAUACAGAAAUCCCAACUCUUAAAACCAUGAGGGAUGCACUUAGGGGUGCGUGUUUUCACCACGCUCUUGUUUUUGGGCUUAUUUGUGGACUUGUAGGCAUGGAUACAGAAACUUCUCAAAGAGCUUUCAUGUUUAUCACAAUGAGGGAUGCUAUUUCAGCUGCAACAAGGCUAAAUUUGGUUGGACCUCUGGGUGCAGCAGUACUGCAGCAUCAGGUGUCUAUUGUUGCUGAAACUAUAUUGAUAAAAUGGAUGAAUCGUCCAGUUGAAGAUGCGUGCCAAACAGCCCCUUUACUUGAUACUGUGCAGGGCUGUCACAGCUACCUGUUUUCAAGAAUGUUCUGCUCUUGAAUCUAGUGUACGAGCCUCAAAAAAUGAGUCAACACAACGUCAUCCCAACAGAUAUUAAACAUCUGGUAAUGAUUUUAAAGCAAUGGUUGAUUGAUACACUUUUAGAAGGAAAAUACCAUGCCUUUUCUUUCAAGCUUCAGUAAUGUUUUGCCCAACUACAUUUCCUUGACCCGAGAUGUUGUGCAUAUAAAUGUCAAUGGGUCCAUGGGAAACAGUUCCAAAGGAUGAUGGGUAAUGAAGUCUGGUUUUAAAGGUUUCAAUCUCCAUAAGAACCAAUUAACUGGUUUGAUAUCUCAGAGAUGGGUGAAAAUGAGCCAAACAAGUCGAUCUUGUACAAUUAUAAAUUAUUGGCUAAUGGGUCCAAUGCCGUAUUUUGAGUUGUAACUUUUUUCUAUGCUCCCUGAUCCCUCGUUUUAUCUAGACUGGAACUCAACUUUCAGAUAUUCUUGGUUGGGUGGAGGACUCAUUUUGAUCCUGCUCCUCAAAGUCUGUUGAUGAUCCAGAUGAAGGUAUAUGGUUAGGAUGAAGAACAAUUCUAGGCCAAAGGUUUUCUGUUAUAGAAUUGGCGCUUCAUCAUCUCAUUUGUCCGCUUAGUGCUUCAAUUUCAGAGUUGUAUUUACUCAUCUAGACUAGUGAUUGGAGAAAAUAAUUGAAAUGACACAAGAAUUUAGCUCACUUGAAGUCUCUGGCAUUGUUUAGGUGCAACAAUCUUGAGCAUACAAACUGGGGUGAUCUAUGCAUAUAUGCAUGUCAGGACUUUCCUUUUGUGUAAUGGGUUGGCUUCUGCCAGAAACUCCAAAAAAUUACUUCUUUUGAAGUUCGAUCACCAAAUUGUGAGGAGUUUUAAGGAUCAUGGCACUGAUGCGCAACAUUCUGAUCCAAUGUGCAGCUUUGGCAAAGCAAAUCAAGAGAAGAGUUGUGCGGGUUCAAGCUCCUGGCACAAGUAAAUAAACUCUUACUCUUAAGAGCACCCACAUCUGGGAUCUAAACGACUGGCACAAAUAAAUAUUUCUAUAUUCACAAAUGUCUGAUGCUUGCCAAUAUUUGGAAGGUUUUGCUGGAAGUAGGAAAGCAUGCAGCUUUGUUGUAAUAAUUUCAGUAAUCAGGGAAGCAAUGUAAUGAGACCUGCCAGAUUUUAGUGUUC